AUGCCCGAAGUCGAUGUUCUUCAUGCUCUGGCACAUCUUGUCCAGAAGGAGCAGCGGCAUUAUGCCCGUACACAUUUGCAGAAGGCUCUCACAGGCCAUCUGCAGCUGUUUCCUCGCACAUUUGCUACUGGAACAAAGUCAAAGAACUGGAUCACUUGUACAACAAAUCGCCUAGGAUACAAAACUGAUCUUGAACCUGUCCCGGAGGCAUACGAACCCAACCACUACGACGCAUCUCGGUCCAAGAAUCAGCCAUGGGAAUACCUUGUCAAACCCCUGGAAAAGGGGGAGGUCAUUGUGAAGCCUAGGGGAAAGGAACUCUUUUUUGCAUGUGGCUAUCAUGGUGUUCGUAUGAAUCUUGGUCUGGAAGCGUCCAUGCUCCGUGUCCGCACAAAGUCUUUGAGUGAGAUUCUUGGUAUCAAUGUCCCUGGCCCGAAUGUUAACAAGACCAAAGCGGAUAAACUCAGGUCAUUUCUCAUUGCGAACCACUUCAUUGUUCAGGGGUCUCAAAAGACUGCAAGUAAGCGUACCAUCAACAUCUUUGCAGCGAUCAUUUGCGAGGAUGUAUCCUUUAUCCUGCUCUGGGAUCUCAUAUGGGGACCUGGCCACGGUCCAGACUGGAUAGAUGAAACAUCUGCUGCGAUGCAGCAGGAGUACUUGGACCAUGUCACCGGAACCCCCAAUCUCGACAACUUCCUCGAUUUCAACUACAAAUCUCACCGUAAUUACAUGGCCACCUAUGUCUAUGUCUACCGAAAGCAGGACUGGUAUGUCUCUACUGACCUGUAUAACAAGUUAUACCGCACGGGAAUGCUUGACCACAAGCACAUUAUCGGAGAACCCUACCAAUACGAUCCAGCCAAGUUGGCUACUCAGGGAGAGAGAAAACUUCUGCCUGUAUUCAUGUACAAGCAAGGCAAGUUCAAAGUGUAUUCCAUCAUUCGUGCGCAGCCUCCGGAGGAUUGGGCAUUUCAAGGUGGUCCUGGGGUGUUGGCCGAUGAUGCCCGUCAUGCUGGAUACAGAACAACCCUUGGACCUGCGCAGUUUCGAAACCAGGUGCAGAACAUGCGCGAUCCUAAACAGCAUGAUAGGCCUGGCCGACGCAGUAAGCAUAAUACCGGAAAGCCUGGACGACCGGGAAAGAACCCACGGAUCACAGACGUGUGCAAGCAAGCCACUGUUGGCCUGGAUUUCGAGAGAGGACUCUCAAGCAGCUUGAGAAGGAGCGUGAAGAAGAUGAAUCUGAGGGAAGGUAUCUAG